UCACUCCCCCUUAAAAGUCAAUGCCAUUUUAUGAACAACCCCUAAAAAUAAGAGAUUGUAGUAGGACACUUCCUUCAUUCCGAUAAAAGUCAUCGUAAAAUAGAAAAUAAUCGCAAUCGCAUACGUAAUCGUGUAAUAGCUUUCGAGUCGACUAGAAACAAAAACAUGGGAUUAUUCGUUGUAUUAUCUAGUCUGAAAAAUUGUCACUUUUUACCAAAUCAAUUAGUGAAGUGGAAAGUGGUGCUACUGCUAAGUUUAACCACUUUAUUGAUCGUAUACGUUAGAGUGUUAUAUCUGAGUCCCAUGGUACCUGUAUAUCCAAUCGAUCUAUCAAAACUAAACCAAACAAUCAACCAAUCUCAUCAUCGUCCGAAAACGAAAGUUACUUUUAUGAACAAAGAUCUGUGUGUGUCACCUCCCAUUCAAAAUAAAAAUCUGAAAACUGCAGUGAUUGUAGUACUGUCAGCUAGAACAAAUUUCAAUCAAAGAAAUUUAGUGCGCCAGACCUAUGGUUCUGUUAAAUAUGCAAACAAUGUGCAAAUUCUAGCAUUGAUUUUUAUGCUGUCUCAAUCGGGCGCACAAGCCAAUAAUGAGGCUGAGAAUAAAAAGCUAGAAGUGGAACGAGAACAGUUUGGAGACACCAUGAUGGGAGAUUUUGUUGAUUCGUACAGGAACUUGACGCUCAAAACGAUUAUGGCCUACGAGUGGCUAACUGAACAUUGUCGACAAGCUCAAUUUGUGGUGAAAACCGAUGAUGAUGUCAUCGUUAACAUUUUUGAACUAACUAAUAAAAUGGAUUCAUUCUCACCGGCUGACAUGGCAUCGUCGAACAUUUGGUGCUGGAUACAUUUUAACGAAGAUACAAUCAAAAAUGAGACCAGCAGAUUUUAUGCUCCCGCCGUGGAUUUUCCCAGCGGCAAGUUCCCCGAACAUUGCGGUGGAGUUGGUUACAUAACACCAUUUGGGGUGAUCGAACGGAUUAUGAACGACAUUUCGAAUUCAUUUCCCGGGAGAGUUUCUACUCAUGAAGAUGUGUUUAUAACAGGAGUUGUACCGGCGCACAUCAAUUCAAUGGCAAGCUAUCUCUGGCCAAACCCUGAGCCCAUCAAACGUGUUAAUGAGCUGCAGUCGGUCAGCUAUGUUUUUCAAAAUGGACGAGACGAUAAAGACGAUUUUAUGAAGAAUUUUGUCAAAAAUGCCACCAUGGACACGGAAGUUAAAAAUUUGGAUACUUUUCGGGAACGGUUCGGCAAACGAAUUUUCUUCCUAAUUUCUCAUAAUAAAGAGUUUGAAAUGAUUUAUCGGCGAUUAUGGGAAAUAAUAAAGAAAACUUUUUCAACAUAAGAGAAACUUUGUAUUCACUGGACGUAAGUGGAACGGGCUUUUUUGUGCGAAUCC